GCGUGGAUGGUUGGAAGAGGCUGCUACCAUGAGAUUGAAUCAGAACACCUUGCUGCUGGGGAAGAAGGUGGUCCUUGUACCCUACACCUCAGAUCAUGUGCCCAGGUACCACGAGUGGAUGAAAUCAGAAGAACUGCAGCGUUUGACAGCUUCAGAGCCACUGACCCUGGAGCAAGAGUAUGCGAUGCAGCACAGCUGGCGAGAAGACCCGGACAAGUGCACCUUCAUUGUGCUGGAUGCAGAGAAGUGGCAGGCCCGGCCAGGCAUCAUGGAAGAGAGCUGCAUGGCAGGAGACGUCAACCUCUUCCUCACAGAUCUAGAAGACCCUACCGUGGGGGAGAUUGAGGUCAUGAUUGCAGAGCCCAGCUGCAGGGGCAGGGGCCUUGGCACUGAGGCUGUUCUCAUGAUGCUGUCUUAUGGAGUGACCAAACUAGGUCUGACCAAGUUUGAGGCUAAAAUCGGGCAAGGAAAUGAACCAAGCAUCCGGAUGUUCCGGAAACUUCACUUUGAGCAGGUGGCUGUGAGCAGCGUCUUCCAGGAGGUGACGCUCAGACUGAUCAUGAGCGAGCCUGUACGGCAGUGGCUUCUGGAGCAGACCAGCCAUGUGGAAGAGAAGCCCUACAGAGAUGGGUCAGCAGAGCCCUGCUGACAGUGGGCCUGUGUGCGGCCGCCCUGCGUG